AUGCUGGCGGCUGUCUUCACUGCCGGUUUCGCCUUUGAAGUCGGCUUCAACAACGGCGUUAACAAGUGGUGGGACAACCACAACCGCGGCCGACAAUGGAAGGAUAUCCGAAGCAAGUACGUCGAGGAGGGUGCCGAGGAUGAGGAAUAA